AAACACGAGUAGAACAUGGUUUGUUGGAGCCUACUAGAGCCGGACCCAGCGGGACGUGGGCACGUCGGUAAUUCUGCACCCGGUGGCUGCCAUUUCGCGGCGCGCGGCAUCUGCCCUCUUGAACUCCCCAAGGGCCAAGAAGCGGUGCGGCGCGGCCCCUCCCGCCCCACAAUAAACAUCCACACGCUCGCCACCCAUGGCCACCACCACCGCCGCAGCACAGGCACAGCAGCCGCGGCAGCAGUGCCACCGCCACCGCCACCAGCAGCCAUGGCCUCCUCGGCGUCCCUGCAGCGCUUCCCCCUGCCCUCCGCGCACGCGGCGUCGUCGUCCUCGUCCCGCCGGCGCCCCGGCCGCGCCAGGGCGGCCGUCUCCGUGCCGUCGCCCACGCCGGCGGCGGGCGAGGUCCCCGCGGAGCGGCUGGAGCCGAGGGUCGAGCAGCGGGCGGGAGGGUACUGGGUGCUCAAGGAGAAGUACCGCACGGGGCUGAACCCGCAGGAGAAGGUGAAGCUGGAGAAGGAGCCCAUGGGGCUGUUCAUGGAGGACGGCAUCAAGGACCUCGCCAAGAUCCCCAUGGAGGAGAUCGACGCCGCCAAGCUCACCAAGGACGACGUCGACGUUCGCCUCAAGUGGCUCGGCCUCUUCCACCGCCGCAAGCACCAGUACGGGCGGUUCAUGAUGCGGCUGAAGCUGCCCAACGGCGUGACGACGAGCGAGCAGACGCGGUACCUGGCGAGUGUGAUCGAGGCGUACGGUGCGGACGGGUGCGCGGACGUGACGACGCGGCAGAACUGGCAGAUCCGCGGGGUGACGCUCCCGGACGUGCCCGCCAUCCUGGAGGGGCUCCGCGCCGUCGGCCUCACCAGCCUGCAGAGCGGCAUGGACAACGUGCGCAACCCCGUCGGCAACCCGCUCGCCGGCGUCGACCCCGACGAGAUCGUCGACACGCGCCCCUACACCAACCUGCUCUCCUCCUACAUCACCAACAACUCCCAGGGCAACCCCACCAUCACCAACCUGCCGAGGAAAUGGAACGUGUGCGUGGUCGGCACGCACGACCUGUACGAGCACCCGCACAUCAACGACCUGGCGUACAUGCCGGCGCUCAAGGACGGCAAGUUCGGCUUCAACCUCCUCGUGGGCGGGUUCAUCAGCCCCAAGAGGUGGGGCGAGGCGCUGCCGCUCGACGCCUGGGUCCCUGGUGACGACGUCAUCCCGGUCUGCCAGGCUAUCCUCGAGGCGUACAGGGACCUCGGCAACAGGGGCAACCGCCAGAAGACGCGCAUGAUGUGGCUCAUCGACGAACUCGUAAGCAAGGCCUCCCUCCUUCAAUUUGAAUAUCCGAUUCAUGAUGCUUCAGCAGCUGACGACGAGAACACAUUGCUUAUUAUGCAGGGGAUGGAGGUGUUCCGGUCGGAGGUGGAGAAGAGGAUGCCGAACGGGGUGCUGGAGCGCGCCGCGCCGGAGGACCUCAUCGACAAGAAGUGGCAGCGCCGGGACUACCUCGGCGUGCACCCGCAGAAGCAGGAGGGCCUCUCGUACGUGGGCCUGCACGUGCCCGUCGGCCGGCUGCAGGCGGCGGACAUGUUCGAGCUCGCGCGCCUCGCCGACGAGUACGGCUCCGGCGAGCUCCGCCUCACGGUGGAGCAGAACGUGGUGCUCCCCAACGUCAGGAACGAGCGGGUCGGCGCGCUGCUCGCGGAGCCGCUGCUGCGGGAGCGCCUCUCGCCGCGGCCGUCGCUUCUGCUCAGGGGCCUGGUGGCGUGCACGGGCAACCAGUUCUGCGGCCAGGCCAUCAUCGAGACCAAGGCGCGGGCGCUGCAGGUGACGCGGGAGGUGGAGAAGCGGGUGGCCGUGCCCCGGCCCGUGCGGAUGCACUGGACCGGCUGCCCCAACAGCUGCGGCCAAGUGCAGGUGGCGGACAUCGGCUUCAUGGGCUGCCUCACCAAGGACGGCGACGGCAACAUCUGCGAGGCGGCGGACAUCUUCGUCGGCGGCCGCGUCGGCAGCGACUCGCACCUGGCGGACGUGUACAGGAAGGCCGUGCCGUGCAAGGACCUGGUGCCCGUCGUGGCCGACCUCCUGGUGGAGCGGUUCGGGGCCGUGCCCAGGGAGAGGGAGGAGGACGAGGAGUAGGAGCAGAGCACCCACCGGGACGUCUUCAGAAUCAGAGCCGACUUGCCGUUCCUUCUUUCUUGUAAAGUAGACGCUGCUGCCUUGUUCCAUGGCACGAUUUGUUUUUGGUGGUGUUGUAGCAAAAAAGCUAAGGUUCCCUUAUUCACGUUACAGAGAAUGCCGAUAAAUAAGAAUCACAAUGCUGCAUGUCA